AUGGCGGAGGACGCCGUCGUUGUGGCAACAGCAGCAAGGAGGGCGAGAGUAAAAUUGAGGGUGACUUCGGCGACGAUGAGAUGCAUGUUGAGGGACUGGGCAGUGGCGACACGGAUGACGCUUGUUGAAGUUGACGCGGACUGGGAAGAUAAUGUGAUGCUUGUGAGGAAGAGGAGCGGCGAGAUCUACCGGCGUGAACCGAACGAUGAAGAGCAGUGGCGGCAGCGAGGACCGAAUGACAAGCAGCAGUGGCAACGCAAUUUCCUUUCUAUUGCUGGGUUUUACCAGUGGUCUUGUUCCGAGAGAAAGAAUAUUGUUUCAAGAAAGACCACAUUUGUGAAGAGACAUCUUACUGGUGAAUUCGAGAAGAAAUAUGAACCAACCAUUGGUGUGGAGGUCCACCUAUUGGAUUUUUUCACAAACUGCGGGAAGAUUCGUUUAUAUUGCUGGGAUACUGCUGGCCAAGAGAAGUUUGGUGGUUUAAGAGAUGGAUAUUAUAUCCAUGGGCAAUGUGCGAUCAUAAUGUUUGAUGUCACUGCUCGAUUGACUUAUAAAAAUGUCCCUACUUGGCACCGUGAUCUUUGCCGAUAUUUAAAUGAACUUUGUUAA